AUUAGAUCCAACGGUUCUAACACCUCCACUUGUGAUUCACAUUGAUCCAACCGUAACUGGAAAACCUAUACAAAUUGUGACUCUCAUUUCAUUAUUUUUCUUCUUCAUCUUCGUUAUCAAAACUUGAGUUCUAAUUGGAUUAUUACACUUUUAGAAAUUUCGUAUAUAGAAACUUUCCGAGGUUUUUUUUCCUCCCACUUUUAAGGUAGAAGCUUUUUGCUUUUUCAAGAGUUCAUCAGCAUAAAUAAAUGUCUCUGGCUUUCACCAAUCUCUCUUGGUGGUUAUGGAGUGGAAAACAUCAAGAACCAACAAGAAUUCCAAAUGGAUCAUCUAUAAAUUCUUCAACUGAUUUGAACAUGUGGGAAUCUGAGGUAAUGAGAUUCCCUUUGGUUCAAGCAAACAUGGGGUCUUCAUCAAGGAGGGUGAAGAGGAAAUGGAAUAGUAGGGAAGAGAGGAAAGUUGAUAGGGAAUAUGAUGUUGUUCUUGUUCCAUCUGAUGGAGGUUGUGUUUCUGGUUCUGAAUCUGAUGGUUCUGAUUGGUCAAUUGGUUGGUGUGAACCUCAUGGACCUGGUUUUCCAAGUGAUGAUGAUGAAACUGAUAAUAGUUUUGCUGUUUUGGUUCCUUGUUAUGGAAGAGAUUAUGGUAGGGUUGAAGAAGGUACAAAAAACAACUUGCUCAAUGGUGUUGGCAAUUUUUUGGAUAACUAUUCAGAUGAAAGCAAGAAAUAUGUGGAAAACUGGCUCACUUCUCUUCGAAAUACCUGAUGCACUAAUCUUCAUCAUUUUGAUCCUGUAUCUUCAUGACAAAAUUCUCUGAUCUGAUCUUUAGCCAACAACAAACAAUUGUAUGUUGUAAAUAGUGUAAAUAAAGAGCACUGUGAUGUGAUAUAAUGUCUAAUAUGAUUGAUAAACUUCUUGGAUAAUAAUUGAAACCUAUGAGGAUCAGAAGAAUAAAUAAAGCAAUUGUGGUGGUGCUUUUGAAUUGAGAAUCAUGUACAAGUUGUGUUCAUCUAUCUUGCUUUGAGAAGAAUCACAACAAUGUGGAGGAAUUAAGAGCAAGAGAAAUAUUUGGAUGAAUGCAUGUUUGAAGUGUGGUGAUUUUGUACCUUGAUAUUUGUUGAUGUAUAUAUUAAUGUAGAUAUGGAAUUGAUUGAAUGCUCAAUCAUGUACUCAAAAUUUGUUCAUAACUCUCUGUAUAUAAAUUUUGUAUAACAAAAGUUUAUUUUGUAUAUA